AUGAAGUACCAAUUCGUUGCGAUCGCCGCCAUCGCUGGCUCCGCCAACGCCGCCCUCGAGGCCUACGGCUCUCCUGAGGUCCCCUCCUACGGCGCCGAGACCACCUCCAGCGUCCCCUCCUACGGCGCCGAGACCUCCUCCACCUCCUCCUCCUCCUCCAGCGUCUACACCACCACGGUGGAGUCCACCACCUCCACCAUCCCAUCCUACGGCGGAGAGACCUCCUCCUCCACCUCCACCACCCCGGCCUCCCCAGAGACCACCUCCGUCCCCAGCGCUCCCGGCUACGGUUCGCCAUCUUCCUCUGCCUCCAGCAGCAGCGUCACCACCAUCGAGAGCACCACCGUCGAGAGCACCACCCCGGUCGCCCCUGCCACCACCCCGACCGCCUCUGGCACCACCGUCACCGAGCUCGUCUCCAGCUGGACCACCUACUGCCCUGAGGCCACCACCCUCACCCACGGCGGCAAGACCUACACCGUGUCCACCGCCACGACUCUUGUCCUCACCAGCGUCCCAGGUAAGCCAACAACUAGCGCCUCCUCUGCUUCUACCACCUGGGAGGAGUCCUCGAGCUCUAGCUCCUCGACUCCAAGCACGACCCCCAACUCCCCAGUGUCCACCAGCAGCGUGCCGAGCAAGCCUGACACUCCCGCUUCCUCUGCCUCUGCUUCUACCACCUGCACCACUGGGGAGCUGAGCUCCACCGCUACCAAGCCUGCCACUUCCAGUGGCUCUUUCAUCACUUCUUCCACCAAGUCGGUUCCAGGCUACUCUCCAAGCGAGUCCAGCACCACCACCCCUAACUCCAAGCCUACCACUUCCAACGGCUCUUUCUUGACUUCAUCCACUAAGUCGGUUCCAGCCUACUCUCCCCCAGCCUACGCCAGCGAGUCCAGCACCAGCACCACCCCCAACUCCCCAGUUGCCACCUCCUCCGUCGGUGUGCCACCAGUCUACGCCAGCGAGUCCAGCUCCAGCACUACCCCCAACUCCCCAGUUGCCACCUCGUCCGUCGGUGUGCCCCCAGCCUACGCCAGCGAGUCCAGCUCCAGCACCACCCCCAACUCCCCAGUUGCCACCUCUUCCGUCGGUGUGCCACCAGUCUACGCCAGCGAGUCCAGCACCACCCCCAACUCCCCCGUUGCCACCUCUUCCGUCGGUGUGCCACCGGUCUACGUAAGUACCCCCCGUCCUCCUCGCAGCCCGCGAUCUCCCCUACUCAUGACUGACUCUCAUCAACAGGGCAUCACCACCGCCAUCAAGCCUAGCACCCCCGUCACCCCCUACGGCUACGGCAACACCACCAAGCCCGCCGGCACCGGCUCCGUCACCCCCACCGGCACCUUCCCAGCCACCUACACCGGCGCCGCCUCCAAGCUUGCUGGCGGUGCUCUCGUCGGUGCUGCCGGUGUCUUCGCCGCUCUCUUCUUGUAA